AUGCCGUACAUAAAGCAAAAUUGGUGUAUGCACCCAUAUCAUGAUAUAAUUGAUUCCGUCACCGGACAAAAGAAAUUUGUGAAAACCGGAAAAAAUCCAACACAUCCAAUCGGUAUACAUCGAAUUAAUGCUGAUUCUGCACAGAUCAUCAAUAAACAAUAUUCGUUAGUUAUUGAAAGUGGAUCAAGAGAAGUUUGUGAAGGUGAUAAGAUAUGCACCAGCUGUUUAAGACGAUUGUCGAAUGACGAAAAAAAUCAAGAUCACAACGAUUUCGACAAUGUUGAAAUGAUGAAUACUGGUGAAGAAGAUCCUUCCAACGUUGAUAUUGGACACUACGACGACAAAGGUGACAUCGAAUAUGAUAACAGUAAAGAUGACAAAAAUAUUGAAGAUUUGCCAUCAUCACAAGAACGAACUUAUAACAAUGAACAAGCAAGAACAAAAUUGAAUCUUGUUUUUGAAUUGUUGAAUAUUCCUACAAUACGUGAUGUACGUCGAUCGAAAAAUAUUCGACAAAACGUUGAUCGUGCAUGUUCAAUCCUUUAUAAACUUUGUGAUAUGCUUGUCGAUUGUACAGUUCCGUUGAAUGAUCAUCAACUGUCGAUGAAUGAUGCGAGUGAAUUAUUAUCUGGUCUUAAAAAGCUAUUUCAUGAAAGUGGUGAAGAUGAACAAAUUCGAUUAUUAACAAUUUCCCCGGAUGGCUGGGGUCGGACAGUUGUAGAGAAGUGGUUUGGUUGUACUGAACAUCAAGCCAGGAUGGGUUUGCAUUUGAAAAUAAACAAAGGUGUAUUAGCAUAUCCAGAAUACUCAAAUGGUAACAAGCCAUUACCAGACAACACCGUUCAAUUGAUUAAAGAAUUUUAUUUAAGUGACGGCAUUAGCCGAGCUUCAGCCAGAAAACGAGAUGUGAUACACAUUAAGAAGGUACCAUUUCCGGUCCAAUUUAUGGAAAUGACUGGACGAGAAGCUUAUCAACAAUUUAAAUCUGAAUAUCCAAAUGUUGUUGUUGGUAAAUCAUCAUUUAAUUCACUACGACCACGACAGGUCAAAUGUUUAGCACCAGCUGAUACCUGUUUAUGUAUUUACCAUGAGAAUUUUUAUCUUCUGUUGAAAAGCUGGAAUAAAAUGUUAAAGGAGAAGUCAUUGAUCAAGGAUGAUGUUGAAUUAAUAAUUACUGAUAAAUAUUUGGUUAAUCGAAUUGUAUGUGGUAUUCCAGGUGAAGAUUGCUACAAUGGUCGAUGUGAUACAUGUGGUAUUAUUAGUCCGUCAGAUAUCUUAUUACAGAAUAUUAUGAUUGAUGAUGAUGAACAAUUCUCAUGGUCUCAAUGGAUAACAUCGAAUAAUAAAAUUGAUCUUCUACAUAUCAAUGGUUCAGUGAGUUCUUUUCUCGAUGAGAUAAAUAAUAAAUGGAAACAAUUUCUUUUGCAUUGUGAUGGAGCAGGUAGUCAGUUUAAAAAUAACUAUAAUAUGUUUAACCUGCUCCAUCAUUUACGUGAUUUUGGAAUACAGGCAUGCUGGACAUUCAGCAGCACUGGUCAUGGCAAAGGGCCGAUCGAUGGUCUUGGUGCUUCUAGCAAGUCAACUGCCACAAGAUCGGUUAAAUCAUCAGGAACUGUUAUUUCUUCGGCGAAGGAGUUUUAUGACUUUACCAAACAGUAUAAUGAAAAUGCAGCAAAACUCUCCGGAAAUAAUGAACCACCGAUCAAUGCAUUUUACGUUGAUUCAACUACAGUUGAAGCUACAUAUCAGAAUUUUCUGAAGCCCCGUUGGGAUAAAUUAAAUAAAACUGAUCAUAUAAAACAAAUACGUUCAUUCCAUCAGUUUAAUAUUCGUUCGGAAAAUGUUAUACUUUGCAAACAAACAUCAUCAUCAUUAGAUUAUAUGACUACAGUGUAUCGAACUGAAAAUACAACAGAAUCAACAGUUACACCAGUUCAUACUGUCACCGAUAUUUCUAUUGAUACAUAUGUUAUUACAAAAUACAACGAUAAACUUCAUUUAGCAAAAAUUAAAUCCAUAAAUUAUCCUGCUCAAGAAAUUCAAGUGAUCUAUUACGAACCAGAAUUUCCAGCUACUAUUUUCUAUGUAUCUCGAUUGAAGAAUAGACAUGAAUCGAAUAUCAACGUACAAAAUAUUCUUUUACUUCUUCGUCGUAAUCCAACGAUUGGAAAACAAAACGAAGUUUACAUAGACCACGAACAAUAUAAUGAUAUUACAAAUUUGAGUGAAGAACUAUAA